AUGACUUGCUGCGCUCCAGAUGGCGACGAAAUGUUUCUGAUGCCUCUGAAGAAGAGCAGACACCUGCCCUAUCCGGGCGACGGUCAACCGCUGCGGGAGGGGCGGUGCGGCGACACGGGCCCGGACAAGUGCAGUGCGCUCAGGUCUCUCAGCCUAUGCGCGGCAGAAGACGACGACUACCCGGCAUCAAAGCCGGCGACCUGCCCCGAAACGUGUUUCGAGGACUCGGUGGAGUGGCAGUCGACCAAGUCGACGGCGGCGGGCCUGUUUCGAGCCCUGGGCCGACAUUACGACGAACCGUGGUUCCCGACCGUGAUCAACGAAUGGUCAGCUCUGUAUUACCAGUGCAGUCACACGUGCGAUUACUGGCGGGACCGAGACGAGUGGCUGGCCGGCGACGAGGAGGUUCGGUUGACCGUGUGGUCCGAGGUGCUCAAACACAGAGAACAGCACAAGAGGCAGCUAGGGCAAUCGCACCAUAGCGUGUUCUGCGACACUGACGAGUACAACCCGAACGCCGACCUGAUGAACGUGCACGACGGAUGCGCCGUUGAGAUAACAGAAACUCAUGGAUCCCUAAACAAAGCUAAUGAUCGAUUCGAUCUACAACAUAAGAAUGUAGAACAGUUCUGUGAGGAGAAUUUGCCAUUCACAGACGAGAGCCCACGGGCUGAAGCUGAGGCGGCUGAAAUAGCUCUUGCAGACCCAGACGAUAACCCUGAUUGGGUGCAAAUGCGACGCAAGAUGCGCGGCUCGUUCGCAGCGCUGAAUGUGGCUCGAUACGAAGUCAGUGCUGAGCUACUGAACCACAUCAUGAUUGAGCUGUGCAAAUACUGGACUAACGCGCCUGAAACUGAAAACUCUAGUUUAAUUGAACAGCAAUUGGAGCGGAACAUCAUGCGAGAGAUUCAAAACUUCCGAUUUAAAGUGUUCGAUGUGGCUGUCGGAAUCGAACCGGAAAUACAGCAGCUAGGUCCGGAUGCAUUUCAAGAGCCGGAACCUUGCCAAAAGUCGGAAUCCUACCGGGAGCCAGAACCUUACCAGAAGCCAAAACAGUAUCGUAAACCUGAACCUUGCGAAAAGACAGAGCCGUAUUUGCCACCAGAACCGGAACCAUGUUGCCCACGGAAGCCAGAAUCUUGUCGUUUGCGGGAGUCGGAACAGUGUUCCCCACGGAAACCGGAAUUAUGUCAAAAUCCGGAACCUUUUCUAAAGCCGGAACCAUGCUGCCCGAAGAAGCCGGAGCUAUGCUGUCCACAGGGGCCAGAAUCGUACUGUUCACAGAACCCUGAACCAUGCUGUCCACUUCAACCACCUAAAUCUAAGUGCUGUACCCCAAGACGGUCUACCAAAACAAAGUUGGCUGAAGCCCGAGCUCGGCAUAACGCUAUACAAGUUCGGGACCGCGAUAUCACAACUGGAUGGUUAGGUGGGAACCCUCAUCAAUAA